AUGUCUUGCAAUUAUGCAGAUAACCUGUCGCCAUACGAUGAUAAAGGAGUUCUAGGAACACCAGAGAUUUUCGACUCACCAUCCGAAAUCACCACAAAAGUAGAACAACUAGUCGACCUGAUUCUCAAGUCAAAACACAUUGUAGUCCACACGGGAGCUGGAAUCUCAACAGCAUGCGGAAUUCCAGAUUUUCGAGGACCCAAUGGUGUCUGGACACUUGAAAAGAAAGGAAUUAAACCGAAAAUUGACAUCAGUUUUAAAGAUGCAGUUCCUUCAAAGACACACAGAGCAUUAAAGCACUUAAUCGAUAAAGGAUAUGUCAAGUUUGUAGUCAGUCAGAACAUUGAUGGACUUCACAUGAGAUGUGGAACACCACGAAAGAAUCUAGCAGAGCUUCAUGGCAACAUGUUCACAGCAGAAUGUCCAAAAUGUAAGAAACAAUUUGUUCGAACAUCGGCAGCACCAACAGUUGGGAGAAAGACAGUCGGUGACACAUGCAGGAAUGAAUCCCGGCCAUGUCGUGGACAGUUGAUAGACACAAUAUUGGAUUGGGAGGAUGACUUACCUGAUGAUGACUUAGAUAUGGCAAUGAUGCACUCAACAAUCGCAGAUCUCAAUAUUGGACUUGGAUCAAGCUUUCAGAUCAUGCCGUGUGCUAAGUUCCCAAUGAGGAGUCAAAAAUUUGGCGGGAAAUUUGUAUUAAUUAAUUUACAGGCAACGAAAAUUGAGAAGAAGGCUGAUUUAUCGAUACAUGCUUAUGUGGAUGAAGUCAUGGAAAUGGUGAUGAAAAGAUUGGGAAUUGAAGAUAUUCCAGAGUACAAUGAAGCUGAAGAUCCAACGAGGAAGGCUGACUUUAGUGUAAAUUGGAACAUUCCAAAGAAGGAACUUAACAGUAUUGAGAAGCUUUAUAAGGAGAGAAAUGAGAAGAAUAAGAAGAGGAAAGGAGAUGAGGCUGCGGUUAAGAAGAAGUAUAAAAAGACUAAGGCUGAAGAUGGGGAAUAG